GGCCUAUACGUCGAUCCCUCAUCCCUCUGUCUGUACACUGGAGUCUGGACCCUCUCCUUCCCAGCCUCCGCCGCUCCGCGCACCCUCUCUCAACACAAUCAGUCUUCGUCUUCCUCCUUCCCAGCGACCUGCGACCCGUCUCACUCUCAGUCAGUCAGUCAGUCUCUCACAUCUCGCCGAUUUGCAAGUGUCGCCGUCUUACUCUCAGUCUGUCGCCCCCGUGACCCGUGACCCGCGAACCGCGACUUCCUCUCGCCGUUUCGAGUCUCGACUCACGACUUCCUUUGCAAGCCCUACUUCCUUGUUCUCUCUUUGCUUCCCACCCAGCGCUGCCGUACGCUCCAUCUACUCACCUCAUAAGGCUUCUCCUCAGUUCCGGCUGUAUUCUUCCUAUUGGAAUUAUCAGCAGUACAGAACCUUAGGAGACAUAACACGGACAAAGAUGAGACCUUUAGACGAGACUGAGACCACGACAGUGUUUGAAAAGCUGUUCAAGUUUACAGGCAACAACCUCAAAAACAUUGUCGAGAACCCUUCUCAUGAAGGCCCAGACCCCGGUUCAGGUCGUUACUGCUUUCGCCUCCACAAGAACAAAGUUUACUAUGUUAGCGAGUCACUAGUUAAGCGUGCUACAAAUAUAGCUCGGACCCAGCUAGUCUCUCUUGGCACCUGUAUCGGUAGGUUCACUCAUGGAGGCAAGUUCCAUUUAACUGUUCAAUGUCUGAGUUUAUUGGCAUCAAAUGCUAAACACAAGGUCUGGCUCAAACCUACCUCCGAGAUGUCGUUCUUGUACGGAAACCAUGUUUUGAAAGGUGGUUUGGGGAGGAUUACAGAGAAUAUUGUGCCAGGUGAUGGCGUGGUUGUGUUUUCAAUGUCAGAUGUGCAUUUGGGUUUUGGGAUUGCUGCCAAGUCUACUCAAGAUUGUAGGAAGUUGGACCCCAAUGGAAUUGUGGUACUUCACCAGACUGAUAUUGGAGAGUACUUGAGGAUGGAGGAUGAGCUUUGAAUAAUUAGACGGGUUUUGAGUGGUUAUGACAGAUGUGUUGGUGUCUUCUCAAGAUUUGUGCGGGUCAUGUAAGUCAAUCUUCAGCUUUUGAUCAAUAUGAGGAUAUGGAUGAUUUUGUUGAACCUUAGUUUCAUUAGAGAUUUUUAGUUUUGAUAUAAAUUCUAUAUUAUCAGGAACUUCUGCAAGAUUAUUCUUACUUCAAUUGUCAUACUUUUUAUAAAGUUGUUUUUGUCGUUC